GCUCCUUCAGACACUCCCUCUGCUAUUCCUGCCGGAAGGUGUCGGAGCCCAGUCAGCGGCUGCCCCUGUUCCUCUCCUUGGUCCACCUGGAUGACCAGCCCAUUGCUCGCAAUGGCGGCCUCACCAGCAUGGUGGUCCCCCUGGUACCCUGGAUGGAGGUGGAGGAGGCAAAGAUCUUUGUGGGCCUGGAGAGGCGGUUCAGGACUCGCCUGGAGUGGCUAUCAAAAUUCAGCCACCAGAUUGGAGGGCUUCACACCUGGCAGGUGAUUUGGGGCUGUGAACUCAGGGAAGACGGGAGGAAAGGAGGGUUUUUGCGCUACGGCUACGAUGGGAUGGACUUCAUCAGCUUCGACAAGGAGACCCUCAGAUGGGUGGCAGCUCAGCCCCAGGCCAAGAAGGUCAAGGAGGAGUGGGAAGAUCAUCCAAGAUGGUCCCAGAGAAACAAAGUCUUCCUGGAGGAGACCUGCAUUGACAUGAUGCAGAAAUGCCUGUCUUUCCAGAAGGAAUCUCCAAAGAAGACAGAGCCCCUGGUGGGGAAAGUGACCCGCAAGAUGGUGGAUGACAGCCUGGAGGUCCUUAUCUGCCAGGCCUUUGGCUUCUACCCCAAAGAGAUCCAGGCCACCUGGAGGAAGGACGGAAAGGUCUACAAGGACAAGAUCCUCCAUAGGAACGUGGCCCCCAACUCAGACGGGACCUUUUAUGUCUGGCUCAGCAUUGAGAUCGACCCCAAGGAGAGGGACCGUUUUUGGUGUCACCUGGAGCACGAAGGCUUGCAGGGGCCCCUGGUCUUGGCUCUCAAGGAGGAAACAG